AUGGCCUCAGCACCGCAAUUGAUCGGCCUCGCCAAGUCGCUGCCUGCUCCUCUGCAGCGCUUCUUCGCCCGAUACCCUCCCGCCGCCAUCCUCCCCGAAAACGCCCCCAAGACUCGGUACCAGGAGGAGAGACCGAACCCUUUCCGCUUCUACAAGCACCCCGUGACAGGAAAAUGGCAGGACCCUGUGUACUCGCAUCGUCGCCAGGCCGAGCUGGUCAAAAUGGCCCGUGACAGCGGUGUCGAGGAUCUGCUGCCCGACACACGCAAGGCCACCGAGUACAAGUUGGCUCAUCGGGUUGAGCAUGGUCUGAGAGUCAAGGGUACUGGUGUGGGACAGAAGGUCAAGGGUCAUAUUCACGAACGACACAUGAUUGCAAAGAUGGAGACAAGGAGAAAGGCAAUGUUGGAUAUGCCCAGUCUCAUCAAGCGCUGGAAGAGGAAGACUACAGAUGGAAUGACUGCUUUCGUGCGCCCUGUACAUUUACCUAUGUAUUUUUAUGUACAAGAAUAUCUACAACGAUCUUGUCAAACACUUGCUACGAUGGCAUCUUCACAGUCUUUAUCUGUGUCGGCAGACACAGCCACGCACUACCAAGUCCUCAACAUCACACCUGCUCUCCUCGACACACAACAUGACUCUGCACCCCUCAUAAAGCGCGCCUAUCAUCGGGCCCUCCUCCGCAACCACCCAGACAAAGUCGCAAACUCAGAUCCAUCAUCGGUUUUCUUCACUGUUGAUCAGAUCACUACAGCACUCAACGUUCUCUCCAGCCCUUCUGCCCGUGCCGCCUACGACGCCGCACUGCGAGUGUCUCGUCCAACUGGGGUGACUGGUCAGGAUGGCUCCUUUCAGACGGGCGUGGAAAACGUCGAUCUGGAUGAUUUAGCUUUUGACGAGGACCAGGAGUGCUGGUACCGUCCUUGUCGCUGUGGAAAUGAGCACAGCUACGAGUUUCGUGAGGCUGACUUGGAGGAAGUGAGCGAUGAGGGCGAGCUCGUGGUUGGCUGCCUUGAUUGUAGCUUGUGGCUACGGGUUCACUUUGCUGUACUGGAUGAAGAUGAAGACGAUACACAACCUUCAGUUACUACUUCUAAAGAGGAAAUUUGA